GUAUUCGUUCGUUUAGCAUAUUUGAGGCAUAUUUCUAUCAAAAGUCAUUUGUAAACCUGCAUUUAUUUCAAGAUAAGCCACGACUUGGGAUACUAUUGCGUUUGAACCAUAGGAGAACUAAAUGGAGAAUAUUUUAAGAAUGGUGCUUUGGUUUUAUAGACAAUGAGUUGCCUGACACUGGRAAGCUUUUGUCAAACCAAAAUGACAGUAGGAAAGACAACAACCCUCACAUUUUGUCUUCAAAAUUUUUCGUAUUGAUUCUUGUUAAAGCGAACUAUGGAUACCACUGAUGCUAAUGGUGAUUUGAGGAUCCGAACACCGGUUGAGCUUUUUGAUUCUUUUAUCCGGGCAGGCGAUCUCGUAGAAACAAUCACAGUCUUCAAACAAUUGUGUAGCAGUCUGGACAUGAAUCCAAAAAACUACAAAACAACUUACCAGUCUUUAAAAAACGGAUUGACGUCUUGGAAAGCUCGAUCCCUUUGGACUAAGCUGGAUAAAAGAGUAGAGCACAAGGAUUAUACAGGAAAGCCUUGUUCAAAGAAUAAAGUGUUAGUAAUUGGGGCCGGUCCUUGUGGACUGAGAGUUGCUAUCGAAGCUGCUCUGCUUGGUGCUCAAGUUGUGGUUUUAGAAAAGCGAGAGAAUUUUUCUAGAAAUAAUGUACUUCAUUUGUGGCCUUACUUAAUCACUGAUCUUAAAAAUCUUGGUGCUAAGAAGUUCUUUGGGCAGUUUUGUGCCGGAUCUUUAGAUCACAUAAGUAUUAAAAGACUACAAUUAAUACUUCUUAAGGUGUGCCUGAUAUUUGGAGUUCAGGUUUACAAUAAGGUCUCAUUUGAGUCACUUCUUAAACCCAAAAAUGGUCAUGGCUGGAAAGCAACUGUAGAUCCACCUUCAAGUCCCAUAAACAAAUAUGAAUUUGACAUUAUUGUUGGAGCCGAUGGCAGACGACAAGCUCUUAAAUUCAAAGGAAAGGAAUUCCGUGGGAAACUUGCCAUUGGCAUCACUGCUAAUUUUGUAAACAGAAACUCCAAGGAAGAAGCCCAAGUUGAAGAGAUUAGUGGAGUUGCAUUCAUUUUUAACCAAGGGUUCUUUCAAGAUUUAAAAGAAAUGACAGGAAUUGAAUUAGAAAAUAUUGUUUACUACAAGGAUGAGACUCAUUACUUUGUGAUGUGUGCAAAGAAACAAAGUCUGCUAGCUAAAGGAGUCAUAAAAAAGGACAUUUCAGAUGCUUAUGACCUUCUUCAUCCCAAGAAUGUGAAUCACCAUAAACUUCUCACCUAUGCAAGAGAGGCUGCAGAAUUUUCCACCAAAUUUCAAAUGCCUCACCUGGACUUUGCUUUGAAUCAUCAAGGAAAGGAAGAUGUGGCAAUGUUUGAUUUUACUUCCCUGUUUGCUGCCGAAAAUUCAGUGAAAAUUUAUGAAAGAAAAGGGAAGAAACUUUUAGCUUUCGUUGUUGGAGAUAGCUUGUUAGAACCAUUUUGGCCGACAGGAUCUGGUUGUGCACGAGGAUUUUUGGGAUGUUUUGAUGCCGCCUGGGCCAUGAAAGGUUUUGGCCAGGGUAAAAAACCACUGGAUAUCAUCGCAGAACGGGAAAACAUCUACAGAAUCCUUCCACAAACAACUCCAGAAAAUCUUAACAAGAAUUUUGACAAUUAUGGUAUCAAUCCAGACAGUCGUUACACAAAUUAUGCCAAAAAUGUGGUGAAGACGUCACAGGUGAAGCAUUUAUAUGAUUGCCAUGAUGGACCUAUUGAUGAUGUGGAUGGACCAGAACCAAUGGAUAUAACUGCAUCUAUUGAACCACCAGAACCUGAAGUUAAUCUUAAUAUAGUAUUAAARUGGUGUCAAGAACAAACCAAAGGAUACAAAAAUGUCAAAAUAAAAGACAUGUCAACAUCUUGGAAAGAUGGAAUGGCUUUYUGUGCCAUUAUACAUCACUUUAGACCAGAUUUAAUUGACUUUGCUUCUCUUGAUCAAAACGAUGUGGAGAAAAAUAACCAACUGGCUUUUGAGGCAGCUGAAGGAYAUCUUGGCAUCCUACCACAGAUAUCAGCAAAAGAAAUGGCAUCUACUUCUGUUCCUGAUCAGUUAACUAUACUCAGCUAUGUGACACAGUAUUAUGAGACUCUUAAGAAUGAGGUCCCAGUGGAUAAAAAGAAGAUGAAAGAAGACAAUGAAAAGCAGGAAUAUAAAACGACAUCGCCUCUUUCUAAGCUGUCAAUCAUUGCACGCAUGKCACGCAAAAAGGAAAAAAGAAAGAGUGAUAGCAGUAGUGCUAGUGUCGUACCAAAGAAAAUCAAACAGUCUUCAAAUGUACAGGAAAACAUAGAACCACCGAGCCCCAAGACCCCAGAAACACCUACACCAAUAGAAGAACCAGUUACCCUCAGAAGCAAACCAGCUGCUAAAACAAGUAACAGAAUCAGCUUACUUGCUGAACAAGUGUUUGGUGCGAAGGAUGGAACUACUGUGGUUCCAAAUAUUCCAAAUAUUCCAAGAGAUACCGGAAGUGAACAUUGCUAUUUCUGUAACCGAUGGGUUUAUCUUAUGGAGCGAAUGUCAGCAGAGGGGCUCUUUUUCCAUCGAGAAUGCUUCAAAUGUGAGCUGUGUCUAAAUACUCUUCGUCUAGGUGCAUAUUCUUACAUUCCACCAUGGGAAUCUGAAGAUGAACGAGGCCAUUUUUAUUGCAGACCUCAUUAUUAUAAAGUCAUCAAUACCUCAAGAGCAGAGGACGAAAAACGUCGCAAAGCUUCCCAGAAGAAUCAGAAAAAGCGCAGGGGGAAAUCUUUGACAAUCAGCAACCCUCAAGAAACUCGAGCUGCUGUUCAUGAAGCUGCCAAAAGAAUCAAAAACCAUGCAGAAGAGAAGAAAAGGCUUGAAGAAGCUGCUGAAGUGGAAAUGAAGAAGAUUGAAACACAAGACACUGUCCAGACAAAUGAAGAGGAACAAGAAAAAGAACCAUUGCUUGAACGUAACCGACCAAACUCUGGUCGAUUCUUUGGGUUGGAGGCUCGACCACUUAGAAGAUCAAGUAUUUCAUCAACACGUAGWUCCGACAAGACUGUUCGAUCCAAAGCUAAAGGGUACAAACUUGAUGAUGGGCUAUUGAACGUCGAAGAAGAGAGUGGUUCAAAAUCACCUAUACGAGUUCCAUCACCAACUAAAACAAUGUUCAAUGAAUACACAGAAAAUGAAUCUAAGGCACCAGAACCUUCUGUUGUGAAGAAGAAAUUAGAGAAGAAAGAAUCAGCUGAAGAAGUCAUCAAAGGCUCCAUGAAGCCAAGUGGCUUGGACAUGACUCAUAAGCUGGGAACUGUAGAAAGAAAACGUCGUCAACGUAGAGCAAUGUAUCCUCCACUGUCGCAGGUGUUUUCGCCAGAAGACCAGAACAAGAAACUGGUGUCUAGCGAGAAAAAUGGCGACGACUCCAUAGAAGCCUCCUUGAGAAAAACUGGUAUGAAUGUCAAAAUUGUUGAUAUAGAUAUCAAUGAUAACGCACACGACAAGAAAAUAGCCAGUCAAGAACAACAAGAAACAUCUGUUUCAACAAAAAAUCAGAAUGCCAAAGCUGCUAUCACAACUGGGGACACCAAACGACCAGUGAACAGCAAGUCUUCUGGGUCACUUGUGUCGUCUCGUGCUGCAAGGAUACGAGGACUUAUGGACAAUGAUAUCAGAUCGAAGAACUUGAAAAGCUUUGACAGACCGGCAAAUGAAGAAGAAAAGAUCACAAGUCAAGAGAGUCCAUCACAGCAAAGGCGUUCUCUUCCUCGUGUCCCCUCCCACGAAGAACCCUACACGUCAACCAUAAAUAGCACUAAGAUUGCCAAACGACGACCCACGCCCAAACCCAAGGCUAACGUGAACUAUGUCGAACGGGACAUCAAUUUUAUACAGGAAAAUAUUGACCAAGUUGCUAAAGAUUUUGGAUUUGAAGUGGUAGGAUACAAUGAUAUACCUUCACCCUACAGAACAGCUCCACCCAAACCUCCACGCUCUUUCAAACGAGAAGAAGACGAGCGACAUCAAGACUUGUUUAGUGGUUCCAGCGAAGAGGAUGUUUUAGAAAAUGAAAAACGAGGCAGCUUCCAACGAACUGGUGCAAGAAGAUACAAGAACAAAAGCGUCAUUGAAUCAGUAGAGGAGAAAGAAAAGAGACAGGAACAACUUAAAAUUCGUAUUGCAAUGAAACAGCGUCAUUCAAAGAGGCUACGACAGGCACAGCAGAUCCAGCGUGAGCUACAGGAGGUUGAAGUCAAACAAGCACAAGUAGAGAAAGAUGGUGUCCRCGUUGAAAAAGCUCUAAGAAGCGGAGACUUAAGCCCUGAUCAAGAAAAACAGUACAUGAUGCAGUGGUUCCAGAUCAUCAACCGAAAGAAUGCACUCUUACGAUAUGAAUCUGAGCUAGUCAUACAUGGCAAUUCUAUUCAGCUUGAAGACCAACAAGGACGAUUGGAACAAGAGAUAAGAGAACUGCUGAUGAAAGAAGGAGCGAGUGAGAAGGACCAGGUUAUCAUUCAGCAGAAGACUAAAGAACUUGUAGAUAUUGUAGAACAAAGAAAUAAUCUUGUAGAAAUUCUCGACGAAGACCGAAAGCGAGAGCAAGAAGAAGACAAAGCAUUCGAGCAAAUGAUGGCAACUAAAGAUUUCAUAACAUCAGUCUAGUGUUAUAGUGGAUUCUGAUGGAAAAGAUGACAGAAGCUGAUGCAUUCUUAUCAGACAUUUUGAAAAAAAUGGGAAUUUCACAUGAAAUUACCYUUGGUCACUCUAUUUUAUUGCUAACUAAUGUUCAAGCAAGAGUAUUAUAUAAUUUGUGCUAUUUUUGAAAUCAUUGGUUGUGAGCAGCACAAGUGGAUUCACAGUGAAAAUGAAAAAACAAUAUUUUUACAUUUUUGUCAGUAAUUUAUUUGUUAUUUCAAGUUUAGUUUAAGAUACUGUCAAUGAGUGUAGUUCAUGUUGCUUUAGAAUGUUGAAACUUUUCCCCAGGGCAAUGCAUGCCUUGGCAAUACAAAAGUCAGUCCAUCUAAUGUAAGAGUGUUACGUCAAUCACAUUAGGUUUAGAUAAUGCGAUUUAAAAAUCUUAAUAGGAAGACUGUUGAAAGCAUUUUAAUCAAGAAAUAUUAGCAUUAAAGGCGCGAUUACACGAGCAAUUUCCUCUGCAGCUUGUCUUGCAACGACGUUGCGACACAAGUUGCAUUGAGCAUUGCAGCGUUUAACCUACAUCGCAAUUUGCAGCCAUCGUUGCAAAAAGUAGAAUUCGUUUCUACUUUUGGGAACGAUUUAGUCUUUCUCCUGCGAGACAAGUUGCAGAAAAAAUGCUCCGUGUAAUCGAACCUUAAAAGGAAGCAAAGGUCAUACAUCAUGUGUGCCAUUUUACAGCAAAACAAAUUUCAAUUAUAAUGACUGGCUUGUGGCUUGUAAAAAUUAAGAUUACUUACCUGUAAUCACCUUGGAACAACAUUACAUAACAUCCACUAUGAAUUAUUUUACUUUCCAUAAUCCCUUUUUACAAUCAAAGUUGGGACAAUGCAUGUGACUUCAUAAAGACAACCGUCAACCAACUAGUGAAGCGCAGAAAUUACAAUACUGAAUACUUAAGAAUGAUGACAGUUGAUAUUUUGUAAACUUAGGUGUUGUGGUUAGCUUUGCAGGUAAUGACUAUUCAGCACAGAUAUUAAAUUAAAAGACGUUAUGUUGUCAUGGAUA